GUCAUCUAGGUUUUGUGGUAUUUCAGUGUGGUGGGCGCUGUUUUAUGAGCAUUAUCCAGCAGCGGUGCUGUCCCCGUCACACUCUAAUCUCUUUUAUAUAACUCUGUUUUUCCAAACAUUGGUGGUUUUCGUCUUUUUUAAUCGAGAAAAACCCAUCUGAAACGACGGACAGUGUCUCGAUGGAGGGAGAUGAUGUCGACUCUGAACGUUCACAUUCCCAGCGCGGAAGUGUGGCUUCUUCAGUCACCAGAGCCCAAGAUUUGAUCGUGUACCUGGCGAACGACAGUGCAGUGCACUUGACUUUGGAGAGUCUUGGUUGUAUAAGCGCUCAGGAGCUUGGCCGCAGUGUCAGAGAGGUUCUCAACAUUCCCAACUCUGCCAUAGAUGUGUUUGCUUUCUGGUUCUGCUCCCCAUUGCUUGAGCUGCAGUUAAAGCCGAAACAUCAUCCUCACAAGCUGUGCCGUCAGUGGCAGGACCUGCUGUACCGCUUUACAGAGGCACCCGCAGAAGACAUUGCUCAAGAUGAGCCAAGUCUUCUGUACAAAAGAAAUGUUUUUUAUCCAAAGUCUAAAGAACUUCAGAUUGAAGAUGAAGGAAUAUUAAAGCUGCUUUAUGACGAGGCCAAGAUGAAUAUCUUAGAGGGUCGAUACCCAUGUGACCCUGAACACUGGCUAACUUUGGGAGCACUAUCUUGUGCUAUUGAGCUGGGGACAGGGUUGGAUGACCAAGCCCUAACAACAGCUAUUAGAGAAAAGAAGCUGUCCUCCUUUGUGCCGCCCCACGUCGCAUUAGGAGGAGGAGGUUUUCUGUCCACAUUGAGAGGGAAGGGAGGGCGGAACGCUGAGAUGGAGCAAAAUCUAAUUAAGGAGUAUCAUUCAGUCUCUUCCAGUUCGGAGCCCGUUGCUCUGCUGCGCCAGUACCUCAGGACCUGCCACGCCCUGCCUUAUUAUGGUUGUGCAUUCUUCAUGGGUGAGAUAGACAAGCCAGCCCAGGGCCUGCUUCACAGAGGUGGUCGUAAGGCCGUGCAUGUGGGCAUCAGUUUGGAAGGCGUGUAUGUUAUGGAUAUGAAAGAGAAGCAUGUCCUCCUGGGUCUGAAGUUCAACGAGCUUUCCUGGGAUCACAGUUACCCUGAAAGAGAUGGAGACUCGCAUAUACUCUGGCUAGAGUUCGAUGGGGAGGAGGAUGGCUUGCCUGUAAAUAAGUUAUUAAAGAUUUAUUCAAAACAGUCGCAGCUGAUGACCGGUCUGAUUGAGUUCUGUGUGGAGUUACGCGCUGAGUCAGGAGCCACAGGGACUGACGGCGUGGUCACACCCUCCCAAGCACCUUCGGGUCAGGUGGACACCAAUGAGACAACCACAGAACGAAGACGGGGGAAACUGCGCAGGCAGAGCAGCGUGGUCUGCAGCCGAGUCCAUUCUCUCAACACCAUCAGCUAUGUUGAUGACGGUAAAGAGAUCAAGCGUCUGAAACCGAAGAGAGCUUCUUCCUUCUUCACGCGACAGGCACAGCCUCCCACUUACUCUGCCGUUCAGGUGACUGAAAGUUUGGAGCAAGGGUGAACCCCAGCAUUACCACUGCCCUCUUCUGCCCGGUGACCAAAACUACAUCUGUCCUUUGAGAUUCUCAUAGACACGUUUGUUUACGCUGUACAGAACUGAUCUGAAUGGACGGAUCGGACCAAGAUCACAGACUGAACACAGACUAUUUACAGAUGAUUUGUGCGUUACGUCACAGUUUUAAGUUUGUGCUUUUUCUGUUGACUGUACAAAAGAAUGUGAAAUUUGCCUCGGUUAUAACAUGCUAAGACAUUUUGGUUGUAAGUGCAUUGGCUGUUAAAAUGCAAUGAAAUGGGGCAUGACAAACUGACUGUAAACCUCUAUUUAGGUCAGUGUUUUGAAUGUAAAAUUCAACUAUGCAACCAUCAAAUCAAACUACAUCCCAGUGGCUGUAGAGGACAGCGAUCUAGUUUUUUGAUAUGUGCCACCAUCAAUACUUCCUAAAGCCUAGAUCUUCUGUACUAAAGCAAACAGUCAAUGCCUCUAGUAUAACCAACUUCCGUUAUAUGCAAACCAAGGCUGCAUUUUGGGGCAAAGCAUUGUAAAGACAGCAUUGAGUGAGAUGGGACAUUCUGUGCUACACGUCUAAUGAAUGUCUGUAUUGUUUUUACCACUCGCCUUGUUGGCAUAUGCAGGCUUCUGCCGAGCAACAAGAUUUUUGUUUCCACUUGAUCUGUUUAAUAAUGACCAAAGUUAAAUUAUGAUGCAUUAAGGUCGAGUGUAGUGUGUUUUAACUAUUUGCCGAGAAGUGUAUUCAUAUAUAAGUGUAUUAGUGUUUACACUAGGCCUAUAUCUUGUUGCUCUGGAGAAUCAUGCAUUUCUUAUGGUGUAUUUGUGUAAUGCACUGCUCAACAGAAUCCAGGUUAUAAAAAACCUUUUAUAUGUACCCUAACUUGAAAUAAAUCAUCGAUAGGUAGGUAGCUGGUGAUUUCAGUCAAUGAUACUGUAUGUUAAGUAAUUUUAUUUAGUGAUGUGUGCAAGCAACUUAAUAAGCAUUGUGUACUGUAUUUCCAGGCUCUCAGAGCUUAAAUGUACCUAAUGUGCAUUUAAUUUAAACACAGGGCUCAAUAUUAAAGCUUGUACGAAAUAUCUUAAGGUUUUACCUCAUGUGCUGUUAGUGUCAAUUUGGAACUCUUCAAUACUUAAACUUGUUUUUUAUAUUUCAAUUGUUGAGCAUUCAAAUCCAUGACUAAUGAUAUCAAAAGCAUAUACGAAUGUUUGUUCAAUGUAUGCUAUGUUAUGGUAAAGAUAAUCUCCAGCUGUGCAGAUAAGUCAACAAGUACACAACCUAAAAAAGCUUAAUAUCAAGCCCUAAAUAUGUCCUUUUUCACCAAAACACAUCUGUAUUUAUCUAUGCAUGACAUUUACUGGCUUAAAUUGGUUUUGUGAUAUAUGCAUGUUCUGUAAACCUUUCUUUGCCUGCUUUUGCACAUGAGAUGUGAUCACAUUUAUUAGUGUGUAAAAUUACCUGAAGAUUCACAAUUACAAGCAAAACUGUGAAGUGAAGACAGCAACCAGUGGUUUGGAAAACAAACCAAAAGAGUUGCCAAAUGGCUUAAAGCCAAAACUACACAUCGAAAACAAAAAAUCUCACAGCUUUUGCAGAACUCUUUCUUGUACUGUCACAUUGAAGACGUUAAUUCAGCAUUGCCUAGUCUUAUGAAUCACUGUAUCAUAUUUUAUUUUCCAUUCUAAAAUUAACUAGUCAUUUUAUUUUUCAUCUGAGCACCUGUCAGACGUGCACCUAAUAACUAACUGUAGAUAGUGAUGUAUGUCAAUACUAAUUUAAAGUGCCUUUUUACAUUCACCUUUUGUUACUGUAGUUUGUCAUUUUUCUAUGUAUCUGUCUUUUAGUUUGAAAUUGUAACUUUACCACAUUUGCUGUUUGUGAAGUUUUAUACACAAAUUAGCACUACCAAUAUUUUGUGACUGUAACAUAAACUAAAACCAUUUAUUGAAACUUUUUAUUCAUGCUUUGUACUUUAGGCAUACAGUACUUCACAUCAGUACAUUUUCUGUAUAAUGGAUUUUAUAUCAAUGUUUCAUUUAAGUAAACUUUUUCCUUCCAAUAA